ACAACAAACGUUACCCCCAUUGAAAGGCGAGAGAUUCAUGUCCAAGAGAAACGAGGGAGAGAGAGGAACAAAAAAAAGAAAAGCUGAUUGCCAAAAAGAGGGGGUGUGAAGUGUGAACGAACAAAGAAAGAAAAGCAAAAGGAGGCAGUAAUGGCAAUAUUUAGAAUUCGUUGUUGUUCGCAUAAUCUAGAUGAAUCGAGCUUAGUUUUUGUCAUACAGCCAUACAGGCAUGGGUAUUUUCCCUGCAGGCCUUCCUUUUUUCAGACAGGCUACAGCUUCGUUUUUGCCAUUGUAUAUGGUCACCCGUAAUUUUUUUAUUUUCGGUGAAUUGGUCACCGGGAAUUCUCUUACUCCCUGUGAUGUGUCGUUGAUCUAUACAUGAUUUACAGGAUACGAAGCCGUAUGUGAAGAUUAAUCUCUCUCUCUCUCUCUCUCUCUCUCUCUCUCUCUCUUUAUGUGGAUUUGUCUGUCUAGACCAAGGGUUUUUUCGUUCAGCCUUCAUUCUUACCCCCACCAGGCCACCGGCUUCGUUCCUGCCAUUGUAUAUGGUCUCCCGGAGGUUUGACGAGCGUUCAGGGAAGUCCGAUGGCGGCCGACGGCGUAAUACGUCAUACGUGGACCCAAUCGGCGGAGGCCAUGGAAAAGCGGGUCUACAUGUCAGGGCAGACACGUGGCGUGUUGGAAGUGGAAGCGUGAGGCUUUCUAAGUUCGCAAAGAGUUAGCAAGUACCUACAACAGACAACAGUCCUUUUCUUGUCUUCAAUCAUCAUGAUGGAACCCUAAGCCUCAUACUUUCACGAGGUUCACGCGCCUCCUUCCCCCUCCGGUCUGCCACAGUCUUUCAGUGGAACUCCCCACCGUGCACCGCUUCUUCAGUUCUGCUUAAACCAGAUUUGACCAUGAUUUGUCUGAUGAUGUCAGAUCUUAUUAUAUCAGAGUUUUCCUAUCAGAUCAAUCAUUAUUAUCAAACCUUUUGCAGGAGCCGUCGCGGGCGGGUGGCAGUAGAUCAAGCCUCUGAGGGUAAGGGUAAGAGUAAGGGUUGGGUUCGGAUCUGACAAUUUUUUGUUCAGGAUGGAAGGGAAGGAUAAUAAUUGGACUUGCAAGAGAGGAUUUGCUAUUCGAGUAGGGUUCUUCCGUCUGCCCUAUUCGAACAUAACAAAUUAACAACAAAAGAGACGAAGAGAAUCGAAAAGUUAUGGAUGAUGAAGGAUGAACCCUAGGUGUGAAUCCUGAGUGCUUGAGUCUUGAUGCAGCACAAACGACGCCAACCAUAUCAAGGGAAGACAAAAGCUCAACGAAAGACAGCAUGAAAGAUCAAGGGGUUGGAAGAACUCUUAGGUUCUGGGUCCCUGAUGAUAAAGGAUGAACUCCAAGGACUUCAGAGCCACUGAUUCAGUGCAAGUAUUUGGACACGUAAAUGUGAUGUUGAUUGGAUCUUUUGAUGAGUUGAUAAAUGUCAAUCAUAGCCACGACCCAAGAAACGCAGCAGAAUUCUCUCUAGUUGAUUUUCAACUGAAGAAGAGCCAGUUAAUUAUAACUAGGGGUAUUGAUUAUAAUUGACUGGCUCCUCUCCAAUUCCUCUAAACCGGAGAGGUUCCUCUGAACUGGAGAUGAUCAUUGUCCCCAAGAAACGGCGUUGCACGGAGUAACUCCAGGUGUCCUCCAUCUACAAUAGGACCCAAUUCAUUCGCCUCCCGCGCACGGUAACACUAGCUCAAAUAUUUAAAGAAAACGUUCUUUAACAAAUCCCUCUUUCUCCUCCGAUUCCUAAUUCUUCUGUGAAAGCAUUGAAACCGUGUUGAUUGCAUAGAGAGUUAAGGAAGCUGCAGCUGAAAUCACUGGGCAGGACUCGCUUCUUCUGACCAGGAAUAGCAAGGUUCAAAGUGAGUGGAUUCAAACAUAUAUCACAAGAUGACGAUUGAGAGGGUAGCAAAUAUCAUAUUGUCAAAAUACUUCACAGGACGAGGAUUCCUCAAUGAAAGAAGUUUAUGCAUUUGUAUAGAACAAAUACACACACCGGUUGUCAUACCAUAGCAUACAAAGUGGCAAGCAGGACAAGUCAAAUAUGCCAUCAAUGUUGAUGGGUCAAUGAAGCCACGUCGUAGACAUGGCGUGCAGCCAGCUUCUUUCCAAUGAUCUCCUCAAGCGUUGAACUAGGAUGGGCUUUCAUGAGAAGCGCAGACAUUCUUCCGGUGGAAGUUCUGGGAGCAAUGAGAGGAAUUCAAAUUUGCUUGGCUAAAAAGUUUGAUAAUGUCUCAUUUCAAACAGACGCCAAGACUGUGGAGCAACUGAUCCAUAAUGACAUUUAUUUUAGAGAGGCUUGUUCUAAGAAUAUAAUUGAUAAGAACACAAGAGACUACAUCUCUUACUCGAGAGCCGUGUUGCAGAAGACUCAUUGGCCACUAGGAUAUGUUCCCCGUCAAGCAAACAUGGCGGCAGAUUAUAUUGCUAAGUAUGCAAGAAUUUUAAAACAGAGUCGUUGGCCGGAUUCAAGGGACUAUGAACAUUUGCAAGAUGUUCAUAUGAACGGCGAGAGGAUAUACAUGACUAAUGCCAUUCCACAUGGGUUGAAAGGCAUCCUUACUAAUGACAUGGGUCUAUUUCCGAUCAUUGGAAAGAAGCUGGCUGCACGCCAUGUCUACGACGUGAAAGUGCCAAUGUCAGAGGUUAAUCAACAUACGACCAACAAUGUGGAAAACAUGGCAGAAUGGAGAGCUGAAUUGGCAUACUUGAUGGGGCAAAAGUAUCUUAAAUGCUUUUAUGUUGAGAUCUAUAAUGUGGAUGCACUGGUGGAGCAGCUUGAAGCGACAGUGAAAUACAACAUUAUGAAGACUACAUAUUCGGACAUGAUGUUAUACGAAAUGUUGCAUGGUUUUGAUGUCCUAAACCAAAUGGUUUAUCAAGUAGCUUACAAGAAUCAGCAGCUACGUGCACGACUGGUCUUCCAACUUUGGAACAACGAAAAUUGCCAAAAAAAACAACUUCUUGAGCCUUUGGCGAGAGUGAAAUAUCCUGCAACCCAAUUGGAUUUGGGCAAUUUCGAUUUCGACGAUGUAUCUCUUCAGUUAAAGAUUACAACGAGGUACGGACGAAUCAGAGGGUAUGAUGAAUGGGACGUGGUAUUGCAGAAUUACAAGCAAGGACUGAAAAAUAUACCCGAAUAUGAUUUCGGUGUGAGCAUGCUGCAGGACAACCUUGUUUUUCCGGCUGAGGAAAUUCUAUAUAACGAAAUAUGAACAAAGCUGGGAUCUCACCAGUUAAAAGUUGCACAAUUUGGCGGUUAUGAGGUUGGCCAGUGGAGAAAGGAGCAUGGAGGAUGUGCUACCAGUAUACCAUGAACAAAACUUUUACACUUUUCUGCAAAAUAUAGUUAAAUUUUAUAACAUAUUAAUCACUUCUUACUUUGUUCAAACAAAUAUUCCAUCUUUCACUUACCCUUCGCUAUACCAGUAUACCAUAGACAGGAGCAUGAUUAUGCCAAGAAGAAAAACAAUUUUCUUUUGUUAAUACUACUGUUGUGCGCUUUACUUCU